CUCUCUCUCUCUCGCCGUACCCUGAACCUCCAUUUAAAGCUGGAGGGGUUGCAUAAUGCUGGUUCAGUCAUAACUCUAGUAGGCAAGCUCGUCACUCCAGCUCUCUUACUCAGCUUUCUGCGAGUUCCCCCACUAGAAUGGCUUCAAAAGCAGUGCUCCUUCUGUUGGGUCUUCUGCUUCUGGUCACAACCAAGUUUUCAUCUGCUGAUGACGAGGAGCAACUCAUUUUGAAGGCUCCAUAUGCCAAGGUCCCAACACCAGCUCCGGCGAAUGCGCCAGCUCCGGCUAAAGUUCCUGUGAAGGCUCCGCCUACCCCUGCUCCGGUCACUAAGACCCCGCCUCCUCUGCCGCCAGUCACUAAGCCGCUGCCGCCGGUCACUAAGCCGCUGCCGCCUCCGCUGCCUCCUGUCACUAAGCCUCCUCCUACUCUGCCUCCAUUCACUAAGCCACUGCCACCGGUAACUAAGCCGCCGCCUACUCUGCCUCCGGUCACUAAGCCACUGCCACCUCCUCUGCCACCGGUAACUAAGCCGCCGCCUACUCUUCCUCCGGUCACUAAGCCACUGCCGCCUCCUCUGCCACCGGUCACUAAGCCGCCGCCUACUCUGCCUCCGGUCACUAAGCCACUGCCGCCUCCUCUGCCACCGGUCACUAAGCCGCCGCCUACUCUGCCUCCGGUCACUAAGCCACUGCCGCCUCCUCUGCCACCGGUCACUAAGCCGCCUGCAGCUCCGCCUCUGCCACCGGUCAGGUCCAAAGCAGAUUGCAUCCCUCUGUGUGAUCAGAGAUGCAAGUUGCACUCGAGGAAGAGAGUGUGCAUGAGGGCUUGCAUGACGUGCUGCGACCGAUGCAAGUGUGUGCCGCCAGGGACUUACGGAAACCGAGAGCGGUGUGGCAAGUGCUACACCGACAUGACCACUCACGGGAACCGUAUCAAGUGCCCGUGAAGGCGACUGUGAAUCUUAUGAUCUCUAAGCAUAUCAAUCUCACUGGUGUCCAACAACAAAACAACGCAGUAGCUAGAUAAGUUUGGAAGAGGGUGGAAAAUUGCUGGUUCUGCAUUGUAACUACAUAUCGUGUACGACUUCCAGGGGAGAUAUGAUGGUCCAGGAAUGAUUAGUAGUUAGUAGUAGUAUCCAUAUGUUUGUCUGGUCUAUGUUUGGGUUCUGUAUGACUUUUAUUGUGUUUCAUGUGCUCGUGAAGACAAAUGAACUGGACAAUAGUCGUUGAGCAGUUGAACGAAUCAGCUUGCUAACUGCUUUAAGUAAGAAAACUGUUUAGCUUAUCGUCA